AUGCGUACCUCAAUCCUUUACACUAUUGCUGGCCUACUGGCUGCUGCGACUGCCUUACCUACAGCCCCAACCGCCUCUUCCACCGCUCAGCCUAAUCUAAGUGCAAUCAAAUCCGUUAAGAAUAGUACUUUCCACACAUACAAACAGGGAGGCUUAGUGAGAGCUCCUUUAAUAAGCGGAGGUUUGAAGACCAGAUCAUCACUGGCAGCACGAACUUCCUGUGCUACAUCUUCCCAAUUCACCUGGGGCGACAAUGAUCAUGGUGGUCCUGGGCUUGUCAUUACCAAUGGAGGUAAUGCGUGGGACGGCUACUAUAUGUACGAGAAUAGCUGCGAUUCUGUUCCCUUCAAAUACUUCUGGCUUGCACCAGGUUCCACCCAAUUCAUCAGUCUGCCAGCUGGAUUCCAAGGGCGUGUUAGUCGAGGAACUGAUGCCAUGAAUCUUGCGGGACAGCCGCAGUUACUUGGUACUUGGCUGGAACUUUCGUUCGAUCCUUACAACGUGAAUGAGCUCUGGGGAGAUAUUUCUCUCAUUCGAGGCUGUGAUGGCGGUAUGUUGAUGUGGGCGCUGGAUGGCAGUGGUUCCUGGAAAGGAUUCACUCAGGACGUUCUUGCCAACGCGCCUGUUGGAGCUUGGGCCGAGAAGCCAGACGGAACAUGGGUCCUUGCACCAGGUGAGGGACCUACGACUGAUGCCGAGACAACGCAAUAUCUGUUGGGUGCCGUGGGAGCAGAUAACGCCUUCCUCAAUGAUGCGUAUGGAGAUCCCGUCAUCAGCUCGCAGAAUAGAAGGUAUGGAGUCUGGAUGGACGGAGGAAGGAUCUAA